UUGCGGUCACACUACGCUCGCAUUUAGAGCAUGCGAAAUUACUAAUCAAAACAAUUGGCAAUAAAUAAUAAAAGACGAGAAAUGGAUAAUGUAAGAGAACUAAUACAAUUCCUGCAGCCCAACCAGCGACUGGACCUCAAAGCAGUGGCACUGACGCACGUGCUAAGUCUGACUGGAAGUGUUGAGGGCAAAGAGGCCAUACUCUCCCUGGAUGACAUGCUGAUGGCCAUCUUUGGUCUGACCCUCGAUGACAACGCUACAGUUUCAAAGGAUGCAGUUCUCAGUCUGAUUAACCUGACGGCCGAGGAAACUGGCGCAAUCAAAGUCUACGAGCUGGCGAAGCAAGUGCAACCCAGAUUUGCUAUUGCGGAGGUGGCUUCCAAGCAGAUCUGCGACGAGCAGGCAGAGCUUGCGGAUGCUUGGAGCAUGGUGUUGAGCAAUUUGAGCCGCGUCGAGGCGCUCGUACACUCUAUACUGGAUACAUUGGAAUCGACGCUUCCUCAGCUGGCCAAAGCAUUUGCCAAGCUGGAGUACAAUAAGAAAAAAUGCAAGCUGCACUAUUUGGCGCCCAUCUUUUGCAAUCUUACUCAAGUACCACGUGGGCGUGAACUGUGCUGCCAACCCAAGUAUCAGCUGCUGGAGAAGCUCCUGCCCUUUGCCUCGUUCGAAGAGAGCGUGGUGCGCCGCGGCGGUACCAUUGGCAUCAUUAAAAACAUAUGCUUUGAUGCAGUGUAUCACGAUGUAAUAUUAAACGAGCAGGAUGACAUAUUGGUAGCCAUACUGCAGCCGCUAUGCGGGCCCGAAGAGUUCACAGACGAGGAAAUGGAGAAGCUGCCCAUUGAGCUGCAGUAUCUGCCUGAGAGCAAGACUCGCGAAACGGAUCCGGAUCUGCGCAGGAUGUUGCUGGAAUGCCUGUUGCAAUUGUGCGCCACUCGCCGAUGUCGCGAAGUGCUGCGCGCCAAAGGCGUCUAUGAAAUACUGCGCGAGUACCACAAAUGGGAGGCGAAAGUGGGUCGCGAAAGCGAGUGCUUGCUGGCUUGCGAAAACGUUGUGGAUAUUCUGAUCAAAAAAGAGGACGAAAUUGGACUGGACAAUUACAAAAGUGUCGAGGUGCCUGCAGAUCAAGCCGACAAAUUUGUGCAGGAGGAUGCCGCCUAUGUGAAGAGUCUUUUAGAUUAGCGCAAGACACUAACUCACUGUAAAUAUAGAUAUAUAGAUAAAUUCUUAAGGACAUCUUGAUUUUUCAAUA